GGAGGUUUGACCUUCCCGCCACGCCGUAGGAAAUAAAAACAGCGGUCGAAUCUGAUUGCGUCACAGUGACGUUUACCGGAAGCGGAAUGAGAGUGUAAGUAAACAGGGCAGCAGUGCGGAUCAGAGAUGCGGGAGCGAUGUCUGUUGUGUUCGUGCCGAAGAAACAGCGCGGAAAGGCGCAGAUUAAUCAGGAGGUGAUCCAGAGGCUACUGGAUGAGAAUGACCAGCUGGUGAGGUGUAUAACAGAGUACCUGCAGAAGGGCAGAGCCACCGAGUGCGUUCAAUAUCAGCAGAUAUUGCAUCGUAACAUCGUGUAUUUAGGAACCAUUGCUGACGCCAGCCCAGAUGUGGCUCCAGCUGUGGCUGCAUCAUGCGACAGUGGAGGUGGAGCAACAAUGACCCUGCCGGGACCACACGGAGACCCAAAGCACAGGGGUCCUUCAAACCCCCCUACUCGGCCGUGAGCUUAAAGCACAAAGCGGUCAGAUUAACUGUAAUAUUAA